AUGGCAGCCAGAACAGGUAAAUUAGAUUUCCUCAAAUUUUACUUCUACAAUGACUUGGAGGACUAUCCAAAUAGUACUUUCCUUUAUGAUGAGGAUUAUAACGAUGAAGUCUGCGACACAACCAGCGUUGUUGAAUUUGCCUCUGUCGUGACACCUGCCUUCUUCUCUAUGGUGAUUACUCUGAGUCUGGCUGGCAACAUCCUGGUCCUUGUCAUCCUGGCCAAGUAUGAGAACCUCAAGUCUCUCACGAACAUCUUUAUCCUGAAUCUGGCAAUAUCUGACCUGGUGUUUACCUUUGGCCUGCCCUUCUGGGCAUCGUACCACAUCUGGGGCUGGACUUUUGGCUGGAUCCUCUGCAAGACCGUCAACUUUGUCUUCUACACAGGGUUCUACAGCAGCAUUUUGUUCCUGACCGUCAUGACCUUCCACCGCUACCUGGCUGUGGUAUACCCUCUGUCCGACCAUGGCUCCCAGAGGGGCUGCUAUGGAGUCACGGUCUCCCUUGUCAUCUGGAUGGUCAGUUUUGGGGUGGCCGUCCCAGCUCUGAUCUUCAGCUCUGUCCAGAAUCACGUCCACGACAAAGGCUACCGUUUGUAUUGUGAAUACAAUGAUCUGAAUUGGAGGAAUGUGAGCAGUUACCAACAGAUGGUCUUCUUUUUGGGUGCUUUUAUGGUGAUGGGUUUCUGCUAUAUAAUGAUUUUGAAAACAGUCUUCAGGUCAAGGUCACACAUGCGAACUAGAACGGUGAAGCUGAUUUUCAGUAUAGUGGCAGUGUUCUUCUUAGGCUGGGCACCCUACAAUGUGGUGAUAUUGCUGAUGUUGUUAACAAAGAAUAAUACUUGUGAUAGCAACAAAAUACUUGACUAUGGGCUCUCUGUGUGUCGACUUAUUGCUUUCUCUCACUGCUGUCUUAAUCCUGUCUUCUAUGCAUUUGUUGGGACUAAGUUCAGAAAACACUUGCAGAGUAUUCUGCAGAAAUGUUUCCAUCGCAGAAGCACCAUGGAGGCACAACAGAACAGACCAGCCAUCAUUCCCUCGAUGGGAUCAAUGUACUAGUGGUUCCUGAAGUUUCAGAGCAGCAUGAAGUGAACAGACGCUUCAUCUGUUUCCGAGCUUCAGCUGGGAUUCUACUGCCCCCUACUGUGCCAACG